AUUGUCUUGGGGGUGAAUUGUCUCGCUUCCGAAAUUGUUUUAGACUGAACCCAUAACAAAAGACGAAAAUGGAAGAGGAUUCUGAAAGCUUUGAAACAGGUAACGAACUGUUACAAACACCUAAAACUGAACCAGUAUCAGCUGAUCCAGAUUUGCAACCAAUGGAAACUGAACCAAAAAUAGAAUUACAGCCAGCCAGUCCUGAACCAGAAUCAAAAGUGCAACCAGUCAAAAGUGAACCUGUUUCAGAUUUAAACUCAAUGGAAAGUGAAAAAGGUCCACAAACACGCAAUUUGGGUCGAAAUCCAAAGGCCUUUGGUAGUGAAGCUUUAGAAGGAGAAGACACAGACGGAAAUGAAAUAUUUUCCUGCCCUGAAUGCAGCCUUGAAUUCAACCAUGAGGGGAAGUUUCGUGCUCACCUUGAGCAUCACAAGCAGGGCAAUCGCGUCUUCUCUUGCACCUUCUGCUUGAAAAUGUUUGCCAGCAGCUCCAACCUGAACUCACACAUGAGAACUCAUACAGGACAAAAGCCAUACAGAUGCAUGAAAUGCCAGAGACUGUUUCCACGAAUGAACAAUCUGAGGGGCCAUAUUUUAAAAAUGCACGAUGUAAAACGUCAUGAGGUCGACAGUUUCAUUGAGAAACUACCACCAACAGAACUAGAGGCUCAGUCAAAAACUGAAAAUAAACUGCCAGAGAUAAAGACAAGCCCUUCACAAAAAGUACCUUCACCACAAAAAGUACCAUCGCUUACUCCUUCCACUGAGGUAAAAGUCAAAGAAGAGAAUGAGAUAAAAGACAUUGAGGAUGCUUCUGCAGAAAAUGACUCAGAAGGAUUCUUUAUGAAAACUCAAAGUGUGCCUAGUGCCUCUGCUGACACAUGUGAAAAAGGGAUCACUUUUGUGUGUAAAAUCUGCUCCAAGGAAUCUUCAAGUAGAUCAAAUAUGGUCCAGCAUGUACGGACUCAUUUGGGGGCCAAACUAUUUAAAUGCAUGCUAUGUGUGAAAAGUUUGGCACGCAAACAGAAUCUGAUCCACCAUCUUCGAUAUGUUCACUAUGUAGAUGCAGACUGUGUGGACAACGUGUUGCAGCACUGCAAGUAUAAUGGUGAGGUUGAUGAUAGUGCAAACACUCCGGCAAAAAGAAAACUCAUCAUGGAAUCCUUAGAAGCUGAGAUGGACAAUUCUGAAUAUGCUGACCGUAACCACAGUAUGGAUGACAUAAACAAUGCAGUUCCAGAUGAAGAUUCUUCAGACAUGAAAUUCGUAGAACCUAAGAUGAGUCCUGGGCAGGAUGUUGAACCUGAUAAUUUGCCGUACGAAAUCAUCAAUAAAGACAGCAAAGACGAGCGACAGUACCGGUGCAAGUUGUGUGGCUUCUCAUGCGACAGGAAGUAUUACAUGACACACCUUCACAUGCUCAAACAUACAGGAAACAAACCCUACAUGUGUGUGAUAUGUUCAAAGCCCUACACCAGAAAAUAUGUACUUCGCAAUCACAUCAUGAAAGAACAUCAACUCCAGGGCAAGGAACUGCUCAAAAUUAUUCAAGCAUCAGACCUGAAAAAAUCAGCUGGCUUGCAAAUGGGCUUCCAUCAUGGUGCAAAUGGCAACACGAUUGACUUUGGCUGGGAGUCCAGUAAUGACACAAGCGUUGACCAGGAUUCUUCCCAGAUGUUGCAUGCAGUGCAGAAUGAUAAAAAUGAUUCUUUGGCUUCUUUGAAUGACACCAUGGAAAAUGUGCCUGAUAACGACAUUACUUCAGAAACCUCUGAAGAUGAUGAAGAGGAAGAGUCACUUCUGGCUGAAGACCAACGCUACAGGAAGAACAAGCUUGUCCCUGAAGGGGAUUUCUCUUACAGUGUGAUUGAGGUCAGUAAGGAUGGUUCAAAAGAAACGGCGUACAAGUGUAACAUUUGUAAUUUUACCUGUACAAGGAAAUAUUACAUGAUUGGAAUGCACAAGCUCUCGCACACAGGAAACAAGCCCUACCUGUGCGUGAUCUGCUGCAAGUCAUACAGUCGAAAGUUUGUUCUGCGAAAGCAUAUUGUAAAGGAGCACAAGAUUUUGGGUGAGGAGCUGGAGAAGAUUAUGGAAGAGACUGGACAGAGAUUGGAGUCGUAUAAUCCAGAUCAGUCGAAUGUCUCCUUGGCAUCUGACUCUGGCCUAAACAUGACCUUAGAUCAUGAUCAAAAUUGCAACGAUGGGGUUAAUCAGAGUGCAAAGAGGUUAAAGCUUUCCCAAGAUGAGCAAAGUGCUGAAAGUUGCACAGACAAUACAGAAGAAAUGGCUACUGACAAAGAUGACAAUGCUCUGAAUGAAUCUUUGAAUGUCAAUUUAUCAGAAAAGCAUACCAAUCUGAACUUUUGGCAUGGAAUUGGAGGUCGUAAAGGUCGAGGUCCUGGACUGUCCCCAGCAGAAAAGGAGAAAAUAGACUCGUUUAUAGACAAGUCCUCACUUUCUUGUCUUCAAUGCAGUAAGAAGUGUUCAAAUUUGAGUAAUCUUCGUCAGCAUGUUCGAAUUCUGCACUUUAAUAUGAAGGAGUACCUUUGUCACAUAUGUGACCGCAGCUUUAACACAAGCUACAACUUGAAGGUUCACAUGAAGCAGCAUUUGGAUGUGGAAGAUAGAAAGAAAGUGAGUGCAACAUGCCCUGUUUGUAACAAUCUGUUCACUUCCAAAUCCUACUUGAAGAUACACUUGACUUCACUUCAUCAAAUGACUGUAGAUGAAGCAAACACCUAUUUGUCAACCAUGAAGGAGAGUGGUUGUGUCAAUGGAAAUAUUGAAGACAUUGAUGCAUUUACACAGGCUUUGAAAAGCUUAGAGAAUCCUGCUGAUAGUGGGGUGAAAAUUUCUGUAGGCGAUGAAAAUAUCAUGGCAGCAGAUGGUCAGAAUGCUGAUAAUUUUGAUGUUCAAAGUUUAAUCAAUAAUGCUUUAAAAAAUGCGUAGAACCAUUUAAAUGUAUUACAUUUUCUAUUUGCCUAACACCACUAUUUGGUUAUGAGCAAAAUAAUAAUUAUAUUUGUUUUCUAUUAGCCAAAUAUAAUGCUAAUAUUUUUUAUUGACAGAAAUAAAAUUGGUAACUGUAUAUACAUGUAAAUAUUAUUAAGCCAUUUCAAAUUUAAUUGUUUGAAAUUAAAUAAGAUUAAACAUAAUUUUUUCACUAUGACCUCAUUUUUGUUUGGAAAGGGAUUCAUUCAACACAUCGCUUUUUCAAAUUCGGUUUAUACGUGUUAUAAUUGUGCAUGUUUUACUCUAAACCCACCUGUAAUUGUUGAUUGUCAUUUACUUGUAUAUUGUUUUUCUAUUUACAUAGACUAUUUUUACAUUGUUGAUUAAAUAUACGGUCAAUAUUGAAAUGAUGCAAGUUAAAACCCUUUUAGAUAAUUAUUAUAUUGUAUAUGUUUCUAAAAAGAAUACAUUUGUAAGUUCUGUUUACAAAUAAAUCAUUUUGACAAGAAAUGGUAUUUUUAGCUCACCUAAGCACAACGUUCUCAUGGUGUUCCUUUGGGAUCGUCUUUUGUCCAUCGUCCAUCUGUCGUGCGUCCUUUUUUCGUCGUCAACAUUUUGGCUUGUGAAUACAUGUACUCUAGAGGCCACAUUUCUUGUCCGAUCGUCAUGAAACUUAGUCAGAACAUUUGUCCCAAUGAUACCUCGGCCGAGUUCGAAACUGGGUCAUGUUGGGUCAAUAACUAUGCCUUAUAUGGCUAUAGAGAAACCUUAUGAACACUCUAGAAGUCUCAAUUGUUUGCUCAAUCUUCAUGACACUUUGUCAAAACAUUGGUUUAUUGAUAUCUCGGACAAGUUCGAAAAUGGUCCAGAUCGAUGAAAAUACAUGGCCGCUAAGGGGCGGGGCAGUUUUCUCUAUAUGUAUAUAUUGAAAACAUGUGAAUACUAUAGAAGUCACAUUUUCGGUCCAAUCUUUAUGAAAUUUGUUCAGAACAUUUGUUUCCUGGACACGACGGUUGAGUUCGAAAAUGGUUCGGAUCGGUGAAAAAACAUGGCCGCCACGGGGGUCAUUUUCCUUAUAUUUAGAUAGUAAAAAAAGCUUAUGAACACUAUUGAAGUCACUUUUUUGCCUCAUCAUCUUAAAAUGUUGUCUUAACAUUGAUUUUAUGGAUAUCUCGGACGAGUUCGAAAAUGGUCUUGAUCGGUGGAAAAACAUGGCCGCCAGGGGUUGGAGCAGUUUUCUCUAUAUGUAUAUAACUAUAAUGAAAACAUGUGAACAGUCUAGAAGACACAUUUUUUGCCCAAUCUUCAUGAAAUUUGGUCAGAACAUAUGUUUCCUGGAUACGAUGGUUAAGUUCCAAAAUGGUUCGGAUCCAUAAAAAAAUAUCGCCGCCGGGGGGGGGGUCAUUUUCCUUAUAUUUUCAUAGUAAAAAAAGCUUGUGAACACUAGAAGUCACAUUUUUUGCCUACUCAUCAUGGAAUUUUGUCAAAUUAUUGGUUUUGUGGAUAUCUCGGACGAGUUCAAAAAUGGUCGUGAUCAUUUGAAAAACAUGUCCGCCAGGGGGUGGGGCAGUUUUCUCAAUAUGUAUAUAGUGAAAACAUGUGAACAGUCCAGAAGACACAUUUAUGCCCAAUUUUCAUGACAUUUGGUCAGAACAUUUGUUUCCUGAAUACGACACUUGAUUUCGAAAAUAGUUCGGAUCGGUAAAAAAAACAUGGCCGCCGGGGGGGGGGUCUUUUUCCUUAUAUUUAUAUAGUAAAAAGGCUUGUGAACACUCUAGUCACAUUUUAGCUAGUUCCUUCGGGUCUCAGGUGAGCGCCUUUGGGCACAUGGCCCUAUUGUUUUAUAGGAUCUACCAGAGAUAAUUAGGGUCAUUUGCUUGCUUGAAAUGCGGAUCAGAACAGAAGCCAAAAUAAAUAAAUCAGACACA